CGGCCAUAUUUCGGCUCAUCAGGCAGGGUGGCCUCACUCUGCUUCCCGCCGCAUAUACUUUGCACGGACGUGUGCUUCAGCCUGCAUGGUUGUUUCAAUUGAAGGCAGUUAAAUUUCACCUCCAAGCCUUGUCGCACGUCAACGGAGAUCUCCUCUUGCUUUACGCGAUCCUUGACUGUUGCCUCGAGUUUAUCAGCCAAUGACCGCCAUCCUGAUACUUAUAACGCAUCAUUCUGCUUGACCCUGCCCUUUAGCCUGGGCAACACGCCGAAGGAUCGUGAUUCGUGCGAUAGCCGCCAAUCCUUGUCAAAAGCAAAGCUGAAAUCCAGCCCCUCGGCCAUUGUCAGAAUGAGGGGUCAUCAUCCGGUCUGCCGACGAAAAUCAUACGGUUGUAAUCUUGUGGGAGGUCUUAAAUGUCUUUCAGUUUGACGUGUGGUUUAAAUCGACGAUGCUCGUUCUCUUUGUCGGCCCAGCCACCUCACCCAACUCAAACAACGCAGCAGUUGAUUUCACCUUCAGUACGACGAGCAUUUAGCUCGAUCUCUCAAGAAAGCACUUUGCAAUUCGCUCGCGAUAUGCUGCAGAUCCAUGUAAUUUUCCAUCUGGUGCGGAUUGCGGUCUCGAUCGUCCUGCUGCCGUUGGACAACACCAUUCUUUUGGCCUCCUACGCUGCCGGGUAUGUCCCCGGCGACAUUUCACAGUCCUCCAGCCACGAACGCCGACGACAGAAAAUCCUACGAGAUGAGCACUUCCGUCCGAAAACAGUCCUCGUUACUGGGGUCAAUACCCCGCAUGGGCUAGCGGUGGCCCGGGGUUGGUACUACGCGGGCCACCGGGUGGUCGGGGCCAACAUCACGGAGGGCGCCAUCGCCCCUGGCGAAGGCAUGUCCAAGACGCUGGCGGCCUUCUACCACGUGCCCAAGACCAAGUACAGCGCACGGCUGCUCGACAUUAUCCAGAAAGAGAAAGUGGAGAUCUGGAUCCCGUGCGCCAACGAGGCCUCGGCCCUCGACGAUGCAUCGGCCAAACAGGUGAUCGAGAGCCGGACCCAUUGCAAAUGCAUCACCCUGGACACUGGCCUGGCCGAAAUCUUCGGCAACCAAGACACUUUCACCCACUACCUCAUUGAGAAGCGGCUCCCCGUGGUGGAGAAACACCAGGUUCUGUCUCGAGACGCGAUUCACAAGAUCUUGCAUCGGUCGCCGUCCAAAGUUUAUCAGAUGCGGAGGCCCUCUCCCACUCCAGGGGACGACAAGGUCGUCGUGCUGCCGAAGCGAACCCUCAGCCUGACCUAUUCCGAGGUCAGCGAGAUCCAGAUCUCUAAGGAACGGCCAUGGAUACUACAACAACAGACGCGGCUGGGCCGGUUUGUGGCAGAGGUCAUGGUCAUCUACGGCCAUGUCAAAGCCAUCAAGAUCUAUCCCGGCGACAAGGAGUCCGAUUGGGGCCACUCGCGUUUGGACAAAGGGCUGGCGAGGGCGACGCAUGCGCUCAUGGAACGCUUCGCACUUCAAGGUGGACCCCGACUGACCGGUCACCUACGCCUCCAACUGACGGUGGACGAGGAAUUUACCGACAAUAUUCUCCGCUAUGCAAUUCAUAUCGAGGGCUGCGAGCAAGGCGCGGCGGCUGUGAGAUUCCUUCUGCAAGAUAAGCACGACUCGCUGGUUGCGGAGUACUUGGAUGUGCUCGCGCCACACAUCAAUGGCGUUUCCAGUGAAGUGCCCGCUAUAGACAUCGCAUCCAUCGAUACGGAAAUUUCGACCCCGCCUCCUGAGAAUUUCAGUCUCUGCCAGGUGGUCCGCGGUUGCGAUGUUCGGAGGGUGCUUCCGGCACUCUACCCUGCCAUCGAGCAGAUCGAUCGCAGUCUUCACGAAGGCAGCAGGCUGCUUCUGUUUUGGAAGAAUUGGCGGUUCUCCGCAAUUGACCCAUUGCCGUGGUGGUGGCAUACGCAUAUCUACCAGCCCCUGAAAGAGAUCGAAAUGAUCAUGAACACGACCAAUGGCAAGUCGGCAUAAUGUGCUUGCCUCGUUGGCGAUUUAAUGACUCUCCUUUGUUUGCCAAUCAUUUUCCUGUGUAUUUUCAUCCACUCUCUUUUUUUUUGUACUCCUCUCCUUCCCCCUUUUCCAAGUUAGCGAAUGAAGUUAUGACGGAUCAUAGCACAUGAGACGAUGCUGUUGUAUAGGGAGCAUCGAGUGGCGUCUUUUGAAUAUAUUAGCUGUUUGCAGAUCGGCCACUUUCGAGACGACCGAGGUAAUGGACCAAUUUGAGUUGAGACAUUCUAAUUCAAGCGUGAUGUCGCGGGUGCUUGAAACAAU